CCCACCAUCAUGUUGGCAUUUUCCACUCCAGUGAAACUUCUCACGGUAUUGGUGAGCUCGAUCCAAAUCGUCAGUGCCAACACACCUAUCAAAUGGGACGAUUUCUGGGCGAAUGGGGGUCAUACUGCUGCAGUGGCUGCAGUUCCCAUGUAUCACUUCGGUCGCCCAAGGCACCAGACGCCCUGUUAUCCUCAGGCCGGUCAAACCAAUGGUCGUCAGACCAAUGGGUCGCCGACAACAGCCUGUGGCGAUCUUGGCAAAGGCUGCGCCGAUCCCGGUCCAUGGAAAGGACAGAACACCUUAGGAAACCCUUUUCCAGUCUAUUACACGGUCAAAGAAUGCAACAAAAAAGUCAGAGUUGCCUAUAGCAUUUACUACAGCCAUGACUCUGGUCAUAUGAGUGACUGGGAGAACGUUAUCGUAGAGUGGAACGGAGAUGGUGCUGGUGGAUGGAAACGGGAAGGCCUUUUCCUGGGUUACCAUGGCAAGUGGGAAUAUCUCAGCUGGCGCGAUGUUCAGAACACUGUCAACGGCGAAAGCGACAAAUUCGAUCAGGACGCUAAAGAUCGUGACCAUCCCAAAGUAUAUGCCGGAGCCUUCUACCACGCCAUGUUCCACACGCGCAAGACUAGCAUCGACUCUUGUAUCAAUAGCCGUGAUGAGUUCAGGUCGAAUGAUUGGUAUUUGCUUCCCGGAAACGAUCUUGUGCAGGAUGGAAAUCUGAUUCUAGAUGGGUGGGAUUGGGGCGCGGCUAACACCAAUCCUAGCACACUUCGUAAGGACCUUUGCAAAGUCUAG